AUGGGUCGAAGGAAAAUUGGUAUGGAACUGAUUAAAAACGAAAGAUGUCGAAAUUUGACGUACCAAAAGAGGAAAAAAAGUUUGGAGAAAAAAGCAGAAGAAUUAUCAAUUUUGUGUCAAGUUAAACUUUGCUUGAUAGUAUACGGGGACAAGGAGCAAGAGGAACCUGCCACAGUGUGGCCAGAAAAAGACACCGUUCAGAACCUAAUCGAAUCAUAUAGAGGUCGAUCGGACGAUGACCGGAGAUUGAGGACCCAUGAUUUAUCGUUUUACUUCAGAGAGUUAUCAAAAAAAGUGGAGAUGGAGUCUUCAAAAUUAGGUAAAAGGAACCAUGAGGCUAAGUAUCCAACGUGGGAUGAAUUCUACGAUAAUUUAUAUGCUGACCAAUUGAAACAACUUGCUGUCUCAUUGGAAGGAAAAAUUGAGCUUAUAAAGCAAAGGAUGGAAUACUUGAAGAGAAUAUCAUUUGAGGAGAUGCAGUCAAUAAGUUAUGUUGGAAAGCAAGCAGCAGCAACAACGACUGAGCCAUGCAUAAUGCAGAAUUUGGUUAGGAAAAGCAACUUACAAGUCGAAAUAAUCGAGCAGCCAUUAGUUCCACCAACGAUGAAUUUCCCGGAGAUGAUGAUCAAUACUCAUCACAUGCCAAGGAAUAGAGCUAUAUCUAUUGGUCGAGAAGAGGCAGUCCCUGAGGAUUCCGAACAAAUUUGGAAUACCCCAUCGAAGAAUUUGGCAUGGCAAACUCAAAUUGCACCAGCAAUAGCUGCUGCCAUCGCUAAAGUGACUCUUGUUCGCUAA